AUGCUUACCAUUUGCCUCUUGUUGCCUUUACGUGGACUAUGUUUGCAGCAAGUAUCAAGCGCUCCAGCGGUGAACCCAAGCUUCGCAGCAGCACGAAGAAGCAUAGAGAUACAGGGCAAGAACUUUCCAGACCCUACCAUUUUGAACGUCAACAACAAAUGGUACGCAUUCGCAACCCGUACAAUCGCCAGCGGCAUUCGCGUCCAGAUCCACCAAGGGCUUUCCGACGACGGUAUCCUCGAAGCUCCGGCGCUGGUCAAGUCAGGCUCGACCUACUUCCUAUUCUUCAGCUCUGGCUGCUUCACGACAGAGCAUUACAAUGUAGACUAUGCUACUGCAAGCUCCAUCACUGGACCCUACACUCGAACUGCGUCGCCGUUAGUAGAGACUGGCACUGGCGGCCUCCGUGGGCCUGGAGGUGCAGACAUCAUAAGAGGCGGCGAGAGGAUUGUGUUGCAUGCCAACAACGGUGGAGGAAGGUCGUUGUAUACUGCGACCAUCAGAAUUAGCGGCACGACUGUGGCGCUGACAUGA